AUGGAAUUAAGUGUUUUUCUGAAGGAAACAGUCUGUCUCAGGCCAUCUGAACAGUCUAAAAGACAAACUAUUGAACUUUCUGGUCUGGACAGGAUAUCUCCGGCAAUCCUCUAUGUUGUCUUGUUUUUCAAAUCUAGUUUAAACUCGGAGGCAGAAUAUGCUGUUGAGAGAGCCAAGAGAGCUCUCCAGAAGGUUAUGGUUUCAUGGAAUCCAGCUGCUGGGAGGUUUAGAAUCAAUGAAUCGACAGGGAAGCUGCAGAUUGAGUGCAACGAUGAAGGCAUAACCAUGAUAACUGCAGCAUCUGAUUCAAGGCUUGAAGAGCUUGGCACGCUGCAUGAAUACAAAACAUGCUAUGAAAAGCUCGUUCCUCAGCUUUCUGAAGCUGAUGAUAUAUCAAAAAACCCACUUUUUGUUGUUCAGAUAACAAGGUUUGCAUGUGGAGGGGUUUCUGUUAGUGUUGGAGGAAGCCAUGCUUUGUUUGAUGGUGUUGGAGCAUUCACCUUUCUAGCAUCUUGGGCUCAUAUAUCAAGUGGGAAAGAUGAAUCUGAUCUUAUUGUGCCCAACCAUUCAAGAGAUGCGAUUUUGAGUGCUAUCUAUUCUCCUCAUCAUUCAUGCCCUGAAGCUGCUUCAAUUUAUGAACAACACCAUAUUACAGCAAUUCAAGAUCUCUAUGGUAUACCUAUGCAAAUCAUGGCAUCGGAUGACAGAUGUUGGGAAUCUGCACUAGUGAAGUUCAGUCGAGUUGAUCAUUCUCAAGGUGGGCUUGAACUUAUUACAUUUUGUGUUGACAAGGAAAUUGUAGAGACAUGGAAGGGACAAGCAAUUGAAAGAGGCAACCUCUUCAAGUGUUCUACUUUCGAUGUUUUAUCUUCACAUAUAUGGAAGGCAAGAGUAAAGGCUCUUCUACCUCCCGACACAAACAUCUGUUUGCAGUUCCCAGUUGAUUCCCGAGACAGGUUCCAACCUCCACUUGGCAAAAACUUCACUGGAAAUGCGUUUGUUCUUGCCUCAGUUUCUUGUUUGGUGAGAGAUCUAUUAGAAGAACCUCUUCACAGCACCAUUCGGAAAAUUCAAGGAGCAAAACAUGUAAUUACGGAUGAAUACAUCAAACUAUACACAAAAGCUCUCGAGUCCUCAAACAAGUUCUUCCCCUCUAUGCGAGAGUUGACAAUUGUGACUGAUUGGUUGAAAUUUCCUUUCAGUGCGCUAGAUUUUGGCUGGGGAAAACUUUCUAGUGCAGCUCUCUUAGCAACUCCUGUCCAGGAAACUGCUUUUCUGAUGAUGAAUCUUGAAGAAUCUGGAGGUUUCAUGGUUCGGAUUGGAAUUGGAGGUCAAUAUGUGCACGAUCUUGUCAGCAACUUCAAUAACUUCAACUACUACUGA